GUGUGCGAAGCCACGCACAAGGCAAGAAAGUACAAGACGACGAGCAACGGACGAGGCGGCAGUCUCGCGCGGCUCGUCCUGUAGUAAAAAGUGCGAGUAUGGCGAGUUGACUCAGAACGAGGCCGGGACGUUUUGCACACUCCUCACACACACACACUUAUACACAGGGAGAGAGAGAGAGAGAGAGAGAGAGAGUCGGUAUAUAUUAAAGCGCCGCGCGAGACGACGAGGAUAUUGAGAGAGGAUCUUGAGAGAGAGUGCUCGCGCUCUCUUCCUUCUCCAGGACGGAUUUUUGUUUAUCCGUCUACUCUCUCGAGUAUCUCAGGAGGCGCCGGUGAGACUCCUGUAAAGGAAGUGGCCUUGCCCACACACAAUAUACAUAUAUAUAUAUAUAUAUAUACACAACGUCGGGAACGUCGUUCGUAACUCGCCGGUCUCUCGCGGCCGCGAGUUCUCUCUCUCUCCCUUUCGACGUUUGACAGCUCCACGCUUGAACCAGUGCGUGCCUGAAGACCCAGCGAACGUUCGCGCUCGACGAGUCUGAAAAUCUACGAGGAGUAGCAUCAGUUAUCUAGAAAGACGAAUAAAAGACAAGAGCAUCGAAGAUGAAUAAGGUGGAUUAUAUGGAGGUGACCCUCCCGAAUUAUUCCUACAUCUUUAAUUUCGAAGAGACAUUCAGCCACUACGAGACCAAGCAAUGGAUGAUGAAGAAUUGGACGAAUGGUUUCUAUUACUGCGGAUUGUACAUGAUCUUAAUAUUCGGCGGACAACUUUAUAUGGCCAGCAGGCCCAGAUUCGAACUCAGGGGAAUACUGUGUCUUUGGAAUACGUUAUUGGCUACCUUUUCUAUCAUCGGUUUCACCAGAACGGCGCCCGAAUUAAUUCACGUACUCAGGCAUCACGGAUUACACCAUAGCAUUUGUAUACCAAGCUUCAUCGAACAGGAUUGCGUGUCGGGCUUCUGGACAUGGAUGUUCGUGUUGUCGAAGCUCCCUGAAUUAGGCGACACUAUCUUUAUCGUGUUGCGUAAACAGCCGUUGAUCUUCCUGCACUGGUAUCAUCACAUCACCGUCCUACUGUACUCCUGGUUCUCAUAUUCGGAGCAUACCGCGUCCGCGCGAUGGUACGUCGUGAUGAACUACUGCGUUCACUCGAUCAUGUACACCUACUACGCUCUCAAGUCGAUGCGGUACAAGCCACCUAAAGCGAUCUCCAUGGUAAUCACCGGGUUACAGCUCGCCCAGAUGGUGAUCGGCUGCGCCAUCAAUAUAUCCGCCUACCAAUAUCUGGAGAGCGGCAAAGUGGACUGCCACAUCACUCGCAUGAAUAUCAAUUUUAGCUUCGCGAUGUACUUCAGCUAUUUUGUCUUAUUCGCGCGAUUCUUCCACAAGACGUACCUGGCCGGAAAGAAGGCCGACAAGAAGCACUUUGCUAACAGCGCACCUGGUCACAUCGGCUAUAACGAUAAGCUCAAAGCCAAUUAAGGCUGUAAUCAGCACACCAAAACGCCCGGGCGUUUCAUUUCUCUAAUCUUUCUGCUGGUUUUUCUUUCUUUUUACUUUCAUCUGACUUUCUUUUUUUCUAUCUUUUGUUUUUUUCACGCCGCUGGUCGACGUAGCCAUACAUCCAGGAUCUAUUUAUACUAGGAGAUAAUAGGGGUUAACGGCUUCUAGGAUUCACGCAUUUAGUUGCUAUUACCAUUUAAACCAAUGAUUUUUGAACUGUGAUGUGAAUUUUAAAUUAUUAAGUAUAAUACUUAGUUCUCUACUUAAAAAUUACUUUAUUGAGUAAUAAUUACAUGUAAAAUAAAAUUGAGUAUA